AACAUGAUCAACUAAAAGGACUAGUACAUGUGCUACCGGACUGCUGGAGUUAGAUAUAUGACUGUCUUAUAUAUAGAUGUAUACCGACUGAGAUUUUGCAACAGUAGUGACUCAACAUUGAUCAAUCAAUAAUGAUGGGGAACAAUAAGCACCUGCCCAUUUUUAAUGAUAAUGUUGUUGUUUCAUUAUUGUUGCUGUUGCUCAUUUUCAUCUUCAGUUGUACUUGUGCUUCAGCAGCUCUGAUCACUUCAUUCCAUAAAGAUCAACUCACAUCUAUCCUAGGGGAAGAUAGUGUGGGACAUUCGAGAAAUGGGAUCUUGAGCUCUUCAUCCUCAGCUGAAGCUCCUGCUCCUGCCAAUGAACCAUCUGAUGCACUUGUGUUGGCAGGGUCAAGAACAAAGAGGCCUGAUAUCCUUAACAAAUUCAGGCGGUAUCGAGGUGGAUGGGAUAUUACUGAUAAGCAUUAUUGGGCGUCUGUUGGAUUUACAGGGGCUGCUGCUCUGAUUCUUGCUAUCUUGUGGUUUCUGCUAUUUGGGCUAGCCAUGAUCACACAUCACUUUUUUGGAUGGAGACUAAUAGAUAUCAAAGGCAAGGAAUCCCGACGUUCCCAGAUGAUAUGCCUGAUUUUGCUUAUCAUUUUCACAUGUGCGGCAGCGACUGGAUGCAUCCUACUUUCAGUCGGGCAGGAUGAGUUUCAUACUGAGGCGGUGGACACGUUAAAUUACGUUGUUAACCAAUCAGAUUACACUGUUCAGACACUAGUAAAUGUUACUGGGUAUUUAUCACUAGCAAAAACCGUCAACGUGGCACAGUUUUAUCUUCCUUCAGAUGUAAAAGACAGUAUUGACAAGCUAAAUGUUGACUUAAAAGCCGCCUCAGAUACGUUGGGUCGAAAAACUCACCAGAGUUCAAGAAAAAUAAGAACCGUCUUUGAUGCUGUGCGAUCUUCAAUGAUUACGGUUGCAAUAGUAAUGCUUGUAGUUUCUAUUCUAGGCCUUUAUUUGUCAAUUGUUGGUCACAAGAAUGCAAUCCACUUAUUUGUUAUUGGUGGAUGGUUGCUUGUUGUGGUUACUUUUAUUCUAUGUGGCGUUUUUGUGAUCCUCAAUAAUGCAAUCUCGGACACGUGUUUGGCUAUGGACCAGUGGGUGGACCACCAGCAUGCAGAAACUGCUCUUAGUAACAUUCUUCCUUGUGUUGACCAGAGAACGACGAACCAGACUUUAUAUAAAAGUAAACAGGUUAUCAAUGAUCUUGGAAAUAUAGUCAACGGAUUCAUAGGGUCGUAUGCCAAUUCAUAUGGGCUGCCAUCAGGAAAUUCCAACUUUUAUAACCAAUCGGGCCCUCUAAUGCCAUAUGUUUGCUCUCCAUAUGACUCGCAACUCCAAGAACGAGAUUGUUCAUAUGGAGAAGUCUCGAUGGCAAACGCCUCCCUGGUAUGGCAAAAUUACACAUGUACAGUCUCGGAAGCUGGAAUAUGCACCACCACUGGAAGAUUGACACCCGAGAUGUACCAGCAACUAGUCGGGGCAGUGAACAUAAGCUACGCCCUCCACCAUUACACUCCACCGUUACUCAGUUUCCAGGACUGCAAUUUUGUCCGGGAAACAUUCACAGCCAUUACCUCUGACCAUUGUCCACCGUUACAACACCACCUGCGGUUAGUGAAUGCAGGUUUAGCCCUAGUCUCUGUAGGAGUAAUGCUUAGUCUUGCACUUUGGAUAGUAUAUGCAAACCGCCCCCAAAGGGAGGAAGUGUUUGCUAAGAUUACAUCCAAGAUUAAAGGCAAAUGCAAUGGAAAGCUGUGUCGUGGUGACCAUACAGUCGAUGUGCAAACGAGAAACAUAACAAGUCAAAUAACCGAAGUUUGAGAUGUAAGAAAGUAUUAGAUUCUAGAAUGAUUCCAAAAUCGGGUAUUUUCUUGUUGUAAACUAUGUAUAGUUACUUUCGGCUGUGAUCUAAGAUCUAGUCGAGCAUGAUUUUGAGGUUCAAUAAUUUCCCCAACCGCCAAUAAGGCAAUAAUGUAUUUGAUCUUAUUCAGUUCUAAU